UCACAUCUCUUUAUUUUACUUCAUGAGUCAUGUCAUCAUGUUCUCAGGAGCUGAGUAACUGCCGGGUCUAUUUUUACUCUUGUUCAGCAGGCUUCCUUUCCUCUGCUGCUGCUGCAGGAGGAGUGAAGGACAUGAGGAUGCCAAGAGGAGUUACUGCUAGCUCUGUCUCCACCCCCUCCUCUCUCUUCUCCUUUAAAAGAAGGAACAAAUGAAAGGGUGACACCUUAUUUUCUUGCAAACUAAAAAUCAAGACCCAAACUGGUUCUCUCCCUGGUGCUGUCUCUCCUCCCACUUGAGCUUACCUUUUCUUUCUUGCUAAAACAGACCAGCGGAGGCAGUAGCAACAGCAGCAACUCCAGUUUGAGACUUAGCAAGACUUGAAUGCCUACGCGAGCAAGCUCCACUAGAGCCGUUUGCUCACCUGUCCACAAACAUACCAAGUCCAGCCUCAAACUUUCACCCAACCAAAGCCAUUUGGAAAGAAACCUCAAGCAAGCAUCUGACUGAAAACAGAAAGAGCCAACUCAUGGGGAGAAAAGUGUUUUAAAGAAAUCAAACAAGAAAGAAGGAAAGACAUGAAGACUUCAAUUCUCCCAGAUAAAUUUUAACUUUUGAUGUUUAACAUUUUCUGAGGAAUACUGCAAAUUUUGCUUUUGCCAACCGACACCUUUUUCCUCCUUAAAGAAGGUCUGAUUUCACGUGGACUGCCAAAUCAAAGGAAAUGCUGAAAGGCUUCUUAUAGUGAAGUACUGGGGUGCUGAUGGAUCAGACACCCAUUCUGGAUGUGCAAAUUUUCUAAUGGGGAUGUUUCCCCGUUUUAUUUUUCAGACACUUCUCCUCUAGCAAGGAGACAGAAUAGUAAUCAGUGAUUAUUUCCACCCCUAAAAAAACUUCAGUCAAGACCGCAUUAUAUUUGGGGUGUGUGUGAAGAAUAAAAUUAGAGAAAUGAAAAAGCACAGAAAUCCCAGUGCAUGAAAGACAAGGCAGGCUCUAGGCAGAGACUUUUCCCUCUCAUCUCUGUGCCUACAGGGUGGGGAUUCUAUUUCUUUUAAAAGACUCUCCUUCAAUGUGUCUGGAACUUCUGGGGAUUGGAAUCGGCAUGAAUUUUGGAGUGCUCUUCCUGUCUCUCUGGUACCUGCCACUCAUCAGCACUAAGGGAGACCCCAUCCCUGAAGAGAUUUAUGAAAUGUUGAGUGACAGCUCCAUACGCUCCAUCAGGGACCUUCGGCGGGUCCUGCAAAUAGACUCCGUAGAAGAAGAUGACUUCAAUUUCUAUCUGAACUCUACCAAAAUACAUCCAGAUCGAAAUCAUGUUCCUUUUUUCCGAGGAAGACGAAGUAUAGUUUCAGGUGGCGAGGAACCAAUUGAGCCAGCAGUAAUUGCUGAGUGCAAGACACGGACAGAAGUCUUUGAAAUCUCCAGGAGCAUGGUGGAUCCCACAAAUGCCAAUUUCAUAGUGUGGCCACCAUGUGUGGAGGUGCAGCGGUGCACAGGCUGCUGCAACACCCGAAACAUGCACUGUCUUCCCACACGGGUUCGUGUGCGCCACAUCCAGGUAAAUAAGAUUGGAAUUGUCCAAAAAAAGCCAACCUUUAAUAAAGCCAUUGUGGCCUUGGAGGACCACCUGGAGUGUCGAUGUGAGGCAGUAUCACCUCGACCACCGAGUCGAACAUAUUCCCAUGAACACAGAGCAGGUGGGCCACGACUGAGCACAGACAGUCCUCUUCCAGCAAGGGCACGAGCGCAUCGGUUGAUGCCCCAAAAAAGGAAGCAUCGGAAGUUCAAGCAUGUACAUGAUAAGAAGGCAUUGAAAGAUAUCUUCCCAGCAUAGAGAUGUUGGCAGGCAAAAGUGCAAAUGUCAGGUUUAUUAUUUAAUAUAUUUGCUGUAUUGCCCCCAUGGGGUCCUCGGAAUUUUUCUCUCCGUCCAUCUGCCUCAUCGCUUGUUCUGGACGGCAAAUGGUGCUUUCCGAUCCCUCACUUGCUGGACAUUCUCCCACCAAAGUUUACCCUUCAGGUUUUUACUCUUUGCUCCUUAACCACAUUUCAGCAUUCUCCCAAAGGAAGAAACUGUGGGCAGGGAAUAAACAACUUGAAACAGCAAUUUGGAUGGAUUCUGUGCUUCCUGUUGCAGCAAACCCAAAUGGAAAUGUGGCACUUGUGGUCCCUAUCACCUUUUUGAAGGGGGACGAAAAAGCAGGGAGAAGGGUAUUUUCUCUCCUAUUCCUUCUCCCCUCCCCCCAUCCAGACAUUAGCUGGGCUUAGACUGUUUGGGCACAAUUCAAAGCAGUCAGACUGGCAUCCAAUGACAGCAAAUGCACUAAGGACUUCUGUUGUUAUGUCUGAAUAGAUUUUUUUUAAAAA